AUGAGAAUUUCCUCCAUGUGGCCAGGUCAGCUAUUGAGACCACCACCAGCCCUUCGAGAGGUCCACUUCUGGUGCGUCUUCCCGGACGAGGUGGAUGGAUCUCUGUUGAAACACUACGAGAAGCUACUUUCGCCAGAGGAGUUGGCCGACAUUCCGAAAGCCAGGACGCAGAAGCUUCAAACGGGACGCCUUCUGGCACGAACCCUCGUCCGCAGUACUCUUGCCAGAUAUGUGAAUGGAGCAGUCGAUCCGUCAUCUUUGAAAUUUGAGAAAAAUUCUUUCGGGAAACCGAAGGUGAUCUGGCCUGCUCUUACGACAGAUGGACGGCCUUGGCAGCCUCCAGGGCUGUCUUUCAACCUCUCGCACACCACCUCGAUCAUAGCUUGUGCUGUUGCCCUCGAUUCUGCUGUCGGCGUCGACGUCGAGGAGAAGGACCGGAAGCUGUCUUCGAAACUUACGACAUUCGCUCGCAAAAAGCUAUCGUCGACGGAAGCGGACUGGCUCCAGGACUUCACUGACACCAGGCAGCAGCGUCAUAGUUUCCUGCAGCUGUGGACUCUGAAGGAAUCGUACGUCAAGGCAGUGGGGAAGGGAAUCAGCGGUGUGCCUUUCAAGGACUUCGCUUUUGGAUUGGAGACUUCUCCUGAAGCCCGUGAGUUUCUCAGGAAAGUCAUGGAGUUACCGGCAGAUUCGCAGGCCAAAUUGAUCACUCUCGAUUUGGCAAGAUCUGUGGCACAACGGGAAGAAGCUGCAAGUAGCUGGAAGUUUGUUCUGUUCGAACCGACCCCUGACCACAUCGCUUCGAUUUGCGUCGAGGAUAAACAACUCUUACAUGAUGAUUCGACACAUCCGUUCCAAGUGAAGGCCUGGAAAACCAUACCCAUGAAUUCGGACGAAUGUCUACAUGAAGGUGCGUUGGGACUUGGAAUCUCGCAGAAUUGUAAUUUCUCGCUCUUCUAG